CGAUUCCAGCUGGGGUUCGCCUCAGUGUCCAAGCGGCGCUCUUGGCGGACGCCUCGUCGCAGCCGGCGCCCCUCGCCUCCGCCCCUUGGCCUCUUCUUCUCUCCCUGCUGGCGGAUGUCACCGCCGCCUCUGCCACUGCUCCCCUUCGGAGGCUCCGUGAUGGGGCUUGGCGGCGACGGCGGCUUCUUCUCCUCCCCCUUCGCGGGCUGCUGCUUCGGAGUUUUUUGUCUCCUGCGAGGCUGCUGAGAGGCGACGGCGCUGAGAUAACUCCAGAAGAGGAAAACUGUAGAAGUCCUUGACGUAUACUUUCUGGAGUACGCACAAGAAGCCAUCAAGAUGUCAGGAGCUUCUGUCAAGGUGGCUGUCCGGGUCAGACCCUUUAACUCCCGAGAGACCGGCAAAGAGUCCAAAUGUAUCAUCCAGAUGCAAGGAAACUCGACCAGUAUUCUCAAUCCAAAGAAUCCCAAGGAAGCGCCCAAAUCCUUCAGCUUUGACUACUCCUACUGGUCCCACACCUCGCCUGACGACCCCUGCUUUGCGUCUCAGAAUCGUGUGUACAAUGAUAUUGGGAAGGAGAUGCUGCUUCACGCCUUUGAGGGUUACAACGUCUGUAUCUUCGCUUAUGGCCAAACUGGAGCUGGGAAAUCCUAUACGAUGAUGGGGAAGCAGGAGGAGAACCAGGCGGGGAUCAUCCCACAGCUCUGUGAAGAGCUGUUUGAGAAGAUCAAUGACAACAGCAACGAGGAGAUGUCUUACUCUGUGGAGGUCAGUUACAUGGAGAUCUACUGCGAGAGAGUCAGGGACCUGCUGAACCCCAAGAACAAGGGGAACCUGCGCGUGCGGGAGCACCCUCUGCUCGGGCCCUACGUGGAAGACCUGUCCAAGCUUGCCGUCACUUCUUACACCGACAUCGCAGACCUCAUGGAUGCUGGGAACAAAGCUAGGACGGUGGCAGCUACCAACAUGAACGAGACCAGCAGCCGCUCUCACGCUGUCUUCACGAUUGUCUUCACUCAGAAGAAACACGACGUUGAAACUGACCUGUCUACGGAGAAGGUUAGCAAGAUCAGCCUUGUGGAUCUCGCAGGGAGUGAGAGAGCAGACUCUACUGGUGCUAAAGGGACUCGAUUAAAGGAAGGAGCAAAUAUCAACAAGUCUCUCACUACGCUGGGGAAAGUCAUUUCGGCCUUGGCAGAAGUGGAUAACUGCACCAGCAAGAGUAAGAAGAAAAAGAAGACUGAUUUUAUUCCAUACAGGGAUUCUGUGCUGACAUGGCUACUUCGGGAAAACCUAGGUGGCAACUCCAGAACUGCCAUGGUGGCUGCUUUGAGUCCCGCAGAUAUCAACUACGAUGAAACUUUAAGCACUUUAAGAUACGCUGACCGGGCCAAACAGAUCAAAUGCAAUGCCGUGAUCAACGAGGAUCCCAACGCCAAGCUGGUGAGAGAACUCAAGGAGGAAGUCACGCGGCUCAAGGACCUCCUCCGGGCUCAAGGUCUCGGAGACAUUAUUGACAUCGAUCCGUUGGGAGAUUUCUCUGGAAGUGGAGGCAAAUAUCUGAAAGAUUUUCAGAACAAUAAGCACAGGUACUUGCUAGCCUCCGAGAAUCAACGUCCUGGCCAUUUUUCCACAGCAUCCAUGGGCUCCCUCACUGCGUCUCCAUCUUCCUGCUCUCUCAGCAGUCAGGUGGGCUUAACGUCGGUCUCCAGUAUCCAAGAAAGGAUCAUGUCGACUCCUGGAGGAGAAGAAGCCAUUGAGCGUUUGAAGGAAUCUGAGAAAAUCAUUGCGGAGCUGAAUGAGACCUGGGAGGAGAAGCUGCGGAAGACGGAGGCAAUUCGGAUGGAGAGAGAGGCCUUGCUGGCUGAGAUGGGAGUAGCCAUUCGAGAAGAUGGGGGAACCCUUGGUGUUUUCUCGCCUAAGAAGACUCCGCAUCUUGUAAACCUCAAUGAAGAUCCCCUCAUGUCAGAAUGCCUGCUCUACUACAUCAAAGAUGGUAUAACCAGGGUUGGCCAGGCAGAUGCUGAGCGGCGUCAAGACAUCGUCCUGAGUGGGGCUCACAUCAAAGAGGAGCACUGCAUCUUCCGCAGCGAGAGGAACCACAACGGCCAUGUUAUUGUUACUCUGGAGCCCGGUGAACGGUCUGAAACCUACGUCAACGGCAAGAGGGUUGUGCAGCCCGUCCAGCUGCGCUCGGGAAAUCGCAUCAUUAUGGGUAAAAACCACGUGUUCCGUUUCAACCACCCUGAGCAAGCGCGAGCCGAGAGGGAGAAGACGCCAUCAGCAGAGACACCUUCGGAGCCAGUCGACUGGACUUUUGCCCAGAGAGAAUUGUUGGAGAAACAAGGCAUUGAUAUGAAGCAGGAGAUGGAGAAAAGACUUCAAGAAAUGGAAAUUCUGUACAAGAAGGAGAAAGAAGAAGCCGAUCUCCUGCUAGAGCAGCAGAGGCUGGACUAUGAGAGCAAGCUCCAGGCCUUACAGAAGCAGGUCGAGACGCGGUCCUUGGCUGCCGAGACCACAGAGGAGGAGGAGGAGGAGGAAGAGGAGGAGGUGCCCUGGACCCAGCACGAGUUCGAGCUCGCUCAGUGGGCUUUCCGCAAGUGGAAGUUUCACCAGUUCACUUCCUUAAGAGAUCAGCUGUGGGGGAAUGCUGUCUACCUGAAAGAAGGCAACGCCAUCAGCGUGGAGCUGAAAAAGAAGGUGCAGUUCCAGUUUGUGUUGCUGACCGAUACGCUCUACUCCCCGCUGCCUCCUGAACUGCUGCCGCCCGACUUGGAGAAGCCCCGAGACGACCGACCCUUUCCUCGGACUGUGGUGGCCGUAGAAGUCCAGGAUCUGAAGAACGGGGCAACCCAUUACUGGUCCUUGGAAAAGCUCAAGCAGAGGUUGCAGCUGAUGCGGGAGAUGUACGACCGGGCAGGAGAAAUGGCGUCCAACACGCAGGAAGAGAACGAGAGCACCAUGACUGGGAGCGACCCUUUCUAUGAUCGAUUCCAUUGGUUCAAGCUGGUUGGGAGUGUUCCGUUAACCGAUAUACAUAGCUCCCCCAUUUUCCACGGCUGCGUGAAUGAGCACCUGGCUGACCGCACGCCCUCCCCCACUUUCUCUACGGCUGACUCCGACAUCACCGAGCUGGCCGACGAGCAGCAGGAUGAGAUGGAGGACUUUGACGACGAGGCCUUUGUGGACGAUACCAGCUCCGAUGCGGGGACUGAAGAGGGAUCGGACCUCUUCAACGAUGGGCACGACCCGUUUUACGACCGGUCCCCUUGGUUCAUUUUAGUGGGAAGGGCAUUUGUAUACCUGAGCAAUCUUCUGUACCCAGUCCCCCUUAUCCACCGUGUGGCCGUGGUCAGUGAGAAGGGGGAAGUGCGUGGAUUUCUGCGUGUGGCAGUCCAAGCUAUAGCCGCCGACGAAGAAGCCCCCGAUUAUGGGUCUGGCGUUCGGCAGUCUGGCACCGCUAAAAUCUCGUUUGACAAUGAGUAUUUUAACAAGAGCAACUUCUCGUCCGUUGCAAUGACCCGUUCUGGAUUGUCCUUGGAGGAACUGAGGAUUGUUGAAGGGCAAGGUCAGAGUUCAGAGGUCAUCACGCCCCCUGAAGAAAUCAACCGAAUGAAUGACCUGGACCUGAAGUCUGGCUCGUUGCUGGAUGGCAAGACGGUCAUGGAAGGCUUCACUGAAGAAACUGGAGACCACCUGAAACUGGGCAGUGUGUUUACAUUCCGCGUGACAGUGCUGCAAGCAAGUGGGAUUCUCCCCGAAUAUGCGGAUAUUUUCUGCCAGUUCAACUUCCUACAUCGACACGAUGAAGCUUUCUCUACUGAGCCUCUCAAGAACAACGGCCGCGGGACACCUCUUGGUUUUUACCACGUCCAAAAUAUUUCUGUGGAGGUGACAGAAUCCUUUGUUGAAUACAUCAAGACAAAGCCUAUCGUAUUUGAAGUAUUUGGGCAUUAUCAGCAACAUCCACUCCAUCUGCAGGGACAGGAUCUCAACAGCCCCCCACAGCAAUCUCGGCGAUACUUCCCUCCCCCCAUGCCUCUCUCAAAGCCAGUCCCAGCCACCAAGCUCAACACGCUGAGUAAGCCCAACCUGGGGCAGAGCAUGAUCAAGUACGACCUCCUAGUCUGGUUUGAGAUCAGCGAGCUGGAGCCAACUGGAGAAUACAUUCCUGCGAUUGUCGACCACACCGGUGGCCUGCCUUGCCAGGGGACGUUUCUGCUCCACCAGGGAAUCCAGCGCAGGAUCACGGUCACCAUCAUCCACGAGAAAGGGAACGAGCUGCACUGGAAAGAUGUGCGGGAGCUGGUGGUGGGGCGCAUCAGGAACAAAGCAGAAGUGGAUGAAGCUGCAGUGGAUGCCAUCCUGUCUCUGAAUAUCAUCUCUGCGAAAUACCUGAGGAUUUCUCAUAGCUCCAACAGGACUUUCUACCGCUUUGAGGCCGUUUGGGACAGCUCCCUCCACAACUCCCUUCUCCUGAACCGAGUGACCCCUUAUGGAGAGAAGAUCUACAUGACCCUCUCUGCUUACCUGGAGCUUGAUCACUGCAUCCAGCCAGCUGUGAUCACCAAGGACGUCUGCAUGGUCUUCUACUCACGGGACGCGAAGAUCUCUCCCCCUCGCUCCUUGCGCAGUCUCUUUGGCAGCGGUUAUUCCAAAUCUCCAGACUCCAACCGAGUAACUGGAAUCUAUGAGCUAAGCCUGUGCAAAAUGGCUGACACGGGAAGCCCAGGAAUGCAAAGGAGGAGGAGGAAAGUCCUGGAUACUUCUGUGGCCUAUGUCCGUGGAGAAGAGAAUCUGGCAGGGUGGAGGCCUCGUGGGGACAGCCUCAUUCUGGAGCACCAGUGGGAGCUAGAGAAGCUGGAGCUGCUGCACGAGGUGGAGAAGACCCGCCACUUCUUGCUGCUGCGGGAAAAGCUUGGAGACACGAUCCCCAAGUCCCUGAGCGACUCGCUCUCCCCCAGCCUCAGCAGUGGCACCCUCAGCACCUCCACCAGCAUCUCCUCGCAGAUCUCGUCCACCACCUUCGAGAGUGCUGUCACACCCAGUGAAAGUAGCGGCUACGACUCGGCAGACAUCGAGAGCCUGGUGGAUCGGGAGAAAGAGCUGGCCACCAAGUGCCUGCAGCUUCUUACUCACACUUUCAACCGUGAACUCAACCAGGUCUACAACAGCAUCAGUGAUUGUAAGCUCUCGGACAUCUCCCCAAUUGGGCGGGACCCGUCAGUAUCCAGCUUCAGCAGCGCUACCCUCACGCCCUCCUCCACCUGCCCCUCGCUGUCCGAUUCCAGAUGCAACUCGGUGGAUCAGAAGACCCCCGAAGCAAAUUCUCGCGCCUCCAGCCCUAGCCUUGAGGGGGAGCCCUUCCAGCUGAUGCCACCCGUUGAAGCCUCUUACCUGGCCAGAGCAGGCAAAAACGAGUUUCUCAACCUUGUUCCUGAUAUUGAGGAGAUCAGGCCUGGCUCGGUGGUCUCCAAGAAGGGCUACCUGCACUUCAAGGAGCCACUUUCCCCCUCCUGGGCCAAGCACUUCGUGGUGGUCCGUCGCCCGUACGUCUUCAUCUACAACAGCGACAAGGACCCGGUGGAAAGGGGGAUCAUCAACCUCUCCACGGCCCAGGUGGAGUACAGUGAGGAUCAGCAGGCCAUGGUGAAGACUCCAAACACCUUUGCCGUGUGCACGAGGCACCGAGGCGUCCUCCUCCAGGCGAUCAACGACAAAGACAUGAACGACUGGCUCUAUGCCUUCAACCCACUUCUUGCUGGCACGAUACGGUCCAAACUCGCCCGGAGACGUUCAGGCCAGCUGAAGUACUGAGGGGUUCUUGUCCAGUUCCCACCCCGCCCCAACACGCCUUCUGAUAGAUAAAGCGUUACCUCCCAUCUCUCUGUGAUUCUUGAACUUCUCUCUCCUUGUCUGUAACCCUGUGGCUUAACUUCCCUCACCUUGCCCCAGACCCCCCACCCCCGCCCCCUUCCGCACUUCCCCAGCCUCUACCCCCCCCCCGCGCUCUUUGUUUAAUUUUUACUUUCACCUGUGCUGAAAAUACUAUUAGUAGCAUGUGGCCAAACAGAAGAAACAAACAUUGAAAGGGGGGAAAAAGGGGUGGGGGUGGGUUCAAUUUAUAUGCACGACUUUUUAAAACCGAAGGGAAGUUUUAAUUUCUGUGCUCUGGGCGCUCCGUUUCUCAUCCCACUUGACUUUGUCUGUACUGCUCCUUGUGGUGUGUUGUCUCUGUCUGGAAUCCUUUUUGGUUUCUCUCUCGACUUGGGCGACCGGGCAGUAACCCUCUUGCUGCUCUUAACGGAGUGCAGCCAAGACGCGUGAGUCCGACUUCUGCUGAAGCCGACUGAAUUUGCACAAUUUUCUUUGCGCAUACGUUGAUACUGUGUGUUGCUACCUGCUGAUAGACUCCCAGGGCCACCUCUCCAGCCCUGUGGCUGGAGACGCCGCAAGAGCCAUGGGUUGGCCAUCCACUAGAGCGAGUGCUUGUGGAGGGCUCUAGUGCACGAUAGAUGCCGCGGUCUGCCCUGUGCUGCUUUUGCUGCUCCUCACCGCCAGUGUUGGUCGCAAGGUCCCUUCUGCAUUGGAUAUAUGCUCAGACAAGUUCCGCCGCGCAUCCCCAAGACAGUCGCAAAAAGACAUCCGCGGGAAUAGGCUGGAUUUCUCCCCACACGACGUGUGGUUUUGGAUCUGGGCUUGUGUGGGGCUCGACAGUACAAUUGCACCUGUGAGCAGAGUCCGUUUCUGACACCAAGCAGGGCACAGGUGAUGGGGAAAGGACUGGAGCCCAAACCUCAGUAAAUAGCUAGGUAGCAGUUCUCCCAAAAUGAUCCCUACGCCACGACACACACACCCCGUCAGUUUGAGCUCUGCAGAGGAUGGCGUGGAGAGAUCCUUGAGCUUUUACAUUACGGCUGCUUUGGGAGCAGGGAGAGAAGAGUCGCUCCAUAGGCGAUUCAAGGUGCUCAUUUCCUGCUGUAGGAGUUGGCCAGGAUCAUGUCCCACGGAACAGUCUCCCAGGAUCCUAUGCAGGGCUCAACCCACACGGGGAGGCCACUCUCUGCCUACCACCUUCCUCAUGGCUGAUAGGUCUUGUUAUACUAGCUCCUUUUCAAGUUUUUUUUUAAAUACCCACUUUGUUUUAGCUUUAAAGCUAAACCAAUGUCAGCUGUUUGUGGACCCAGGGACUUUUGGGGUGUUUGAGGCAGAAGGAGCUACCCACACAGUUGCUCCUUUUCACAGUGUAAAAUGGUGUUUAAUCUGAACUAGAGAAACCUGGUGCUUACAGCUCUCCUUUUUCCAAUCCUUUGUGUAUUGGAGUAGAGGAGGGAUUUAUAUCUUUCUUUAGCAGUAAAUGCCCCUUUCAAAACUCUUGUGGCCUCUUCACCUCUGAUUACAAGCAUUUUGGAAAUCCUCUCAUAAGGACAACCGUGGCUUCAUGCCCACGUAAAUAGAAGCCAGCCUCACCCAGAUGUUGUGUCUGGUUUGCUAGGCUGCCAGCCAUCUUGCCCACUGGGUUCUAGGUCUCCCUAGAAUGCUCCUGUUCCUGGUGUCUCUUGGGUCUCAUUUACACCAAAUGAGAUGAUAAACUGGUGUCUGGACUGUACCACUUCAGACUGCAAGCUGGGGGGCCUUAACAUUAACAAACCCUCCUCUGUACGAAAAAAGAUCUUUGCACAUAGAAAACUAGAAAGUGUGGGCCUUUCUCCCUGGCAUGCCAAUGUCUGGUGUACAGUGAAUUAUUUUGUCCAGGGGAACCCUUCAUCACAUGAGCUCUCAUCUGCAUCUAAGCUAGUACAUGUCUCCUCCAUGUGCUGGUGGUGAGAAUUCUGCCCCAUUCACGCUUCUCAGAACCUCCCUGCCAGAGAUGGUUUCUCGCAUUUGUGAGGUGAAUCCACUUUCUAGCUUUUCCAUCUUUGCCCUCUGCCCCCCACUUCCAAAGCGGCUUUCCUCUGUGGUUCAUCCUCUGUGGAUGAACAGGACGGCCAGUCGUCGCUGUUUCAGGCUUGGGUUUGCAGGUCCAGAGAAGACUGAAUCUGUUCCCUCCGUUACGCUCAGGGAGGGGAGCCCUCACUCACAGUACUCAUCAAUGCCUAAUAGAGAUUCACUUCCUAGAAACUCUGGAGGGACAUUUCAUCCCUGGAGCACCUUGCUUCGUUUGGGGAAAUGGCGUUUUGGUUCCACCGCGUUACAUCAGUGGAUUUGCAGUAGCACAGUCAGGAAGACCAAAGGGUUGCCUUGAAUGUUGCCCAUUGCUUUUUUUAAUAUAAAAUUCAUUCGGACUGUAAAUAUCUCCCCUCCCUUUUUUCCUCUGUCGGUCUUCUCCGCCUCCUCUGUUGGGGAAAAAGAAAAACGAUGUUUGGGGGCCCCAAUCAUGAUGCGGGAAGGGUCUUUUCUUUCUUUCUUUAUAGUAUGGUGUCUAAUUGCAUACAUUUCAGCACAGUGAUACUGUUUCUUUCGUCACACAAUGGCCACACUAUGCACUGCCAAUGUGGAUGCCUGUGCAAAGCAAGACUGCUGGUUCAGGAGCUAUUUUGCAGUGAUUUUUGUGAACUUGUAUGGAGUCCCAAGUUACUGUUGCUGCCGCCUUUGUGAUAACCAAAGCAGGGAUCUGUUUGGAGCAAGAGAACCCUGGAUGAGAUUUUGUGGUGGUUUUAUGUGCACACUAAGAUAACUUUAAAAAAAUGUAUGUUUGUUUUUAAACUUGGAACAAAAUUAGUCUGCAAAGUCUUUGCUCUGGAAAGAUCACCGUCUUGAGUGGGCUAUAAAUACAAGAGUUACGUAUAAUCAUUAAGGAGUUCUUGUUACUUAAGCGUAGGGACCAGGUGGAUCAUAGUCUACCCAGAGCUGGGCAUUACGGCACUGCAUUAUGUGACGAUCAGUUGUGUCAGGUCAACAUGGAGCGACUUAUAUGCAUCUUAUGUCCUUUGCUCUUUCAGCGGUAAACCUUUAAUCUGCUUUGGAAACAAUUAGAAAGGGACACACAAUGUAUAUCUUAUUCCCAACCAGUCUCUGGUUUGGGCCGCCAGCAUUUCUCUGCCUAUUGGGAAAUGGUCGCCAGUAUGGGUCCAGUACUUCCUCUUUGUUUGCCCCACCAACCAAAUAGAAAUAUAUCUAUUUAUAAGCCCCAUCUCCAUUGACUCCAGACAUUCUGGAAAAAACACCACCAUUUAGGAAAUCUGAAUUUGGAUCUGCAAUCUGAAGUUGGAAACCCACCUGAAGAGGUGCCAUAACUCAGUUGAUAAUGGUUGUCGCUGUCCUAGAGUCAGUCAGCUCUCAGGAGCCCCCCCCCCCCCAUCUGGGGUCUCUGCGCCAUGCCAUGGGCCAGCCAACCCACUGAGCAUGGGGCUUGACCUCCAAGGAGGCUGUGAGAUUGAAGUUGCACUGCAUGGGUGGGAUCUUCCAUUUUCUCAGUUCAGGAACUUUAAAACAUUUAGAGUAAUGUUGAUCAUGUCAAACAUCCAUGCCAUUUCUUUUUGAGCAGAGCCUUUUGAAUCUGUUUUUAUUUUAUGUGGGAUAAUUUCUGUUUUCUUUUGAAGCAAUGCACUUUAGUUCUUCUGGUCAGUGUCCCAUUCCAGGAUGCUCCAAGGGGAAAAGGUGGGGAGGGGGUAUUUCCGAACCAGUGGGAAGGUUCGUCCAGACGCCCCUUCCACAAAUCCCUUGAGAUGUUUCAAAGCAAAGACUUCCAUUUCUGCUGCUUUAUUAUCUAAUAAUUUACAGGGAAUAUUUAAUAUUGUUUUAUAAAGUAAUGUGUAUUUAUGCAUCUGUAGGUUUUAUUGCACACUAAAGCAGGAUGGCCGUUGGGCUGUCUUGCCUCUGGGCACAUGCCGCAAUUGAUUAUUACUGCCUAUGCACCAGUGGUACGGUCUCCCCAGCAUUAACAGCUGACUGGAUUUUGUUAUUCUGCCGGCUAUUUCGGUGUUGUUUUUUUUGUUAACCUGCUGCUGCAAAGAACAGGAAGAAAACUAAUUUUGCUGCUCUGAGGUUUGUUGAAUGUAUCUCGAACAGGAUUUCACCCUGUGGAUGUUGCCUCUCUCGCGACUGUGGCAAACUUCCACUCUGCCCUUUCUGGUCUAUGGUCCCAUCCGUGCUUAUGUUGCAGGAAUGUAUCCAGUUUUGUGCUUCCUCGUUCAAACAGAUAACACUGACCAUUUGGGAACAGAAAUUGAGAUUUCAUUGCAUAGCUUUGGAUUCAGAAGGCCAUCAGAAUCGCAGCCUCCCAAAGGGGUCCAGUAAUUGUGUUGGCAUUCCGUUAAGGAAUUUGUCGCCAGAGGCCAUUUGUGAAUGUCGAGUCAUGGGAAUUUUUCCUCUGCUUUCAAUACUGGCACUGCAACAUCCUCAUCCCAGAGGGCUAGAAUCGGUUCGUUUAUUGAAAAUCUCUUGUUUGACACGCCUCUGCCCCUCACUGUGCAUGUCAUAGGUGGCCUCCUAGAAUAAAUCUUUUUGAUUCUUCUCAAAUUGAUUUCACCCUGGUGAAAGGAAUACAUUCAUGACACUGCACAUGUAUUAAUUUCUGAGUAGUUAGUCUUUAUUCCCUCCCCUCCUCUCCAUGUUUUAUUUUGUAAAUAUAUCUGAUGUUUGGAGCUUGGGUAUACAAAAUGUAAAUACUGUUCAUGUAUUUGUACUAAUUCUGAUCCAUUUGCUGUAUAGCCUUUAGGUGUGCAAUGCAGAUACUAUUAUCUAACUCUGUGUAUGGUAACCUUGCACCACUGAACUGUAAGUGAACGAGGUGAAAAACAAUAAAGAGAUAACACCA